AUGAAUGUUACUGAAGAAUCUGUAGAAAUAGUUCCAAUGACAGACACGUACACAGGUGAUGACAUCUUCAAGAACAUGGUAGAAGCUCUGAAUAAAAUAGGUGCCAUCUGGGGAAAAAAGGUGAAUCUGGCCACAGACAGACCACCACGGGUCAUAGCAGUGCUGAGGCCAGUUCCUGCCCAGCCACUCACCUUCUAUAAACACCCAUUAGGACGGGAGAAUAUUACAGGAUAUGAUAUAAUGGCAUAUUCCUGGUGGAGGUUUAUGAAUGACUCUGAUACACCCCCACACUGGCUUCUGCAAUUCCCAAUGGUCAAGGCCACAGUGAGAGCCAUGGAUACGGUCACAGACUACAUGAUGAAAACGUAUCGUAAGAACAUCACCCAGUUCACACUGGCAGGAAUUUCCAUGGGUGGCUGGGCCACUUGGUUGACUGCAGCAGUUGAUCGUAGGGUUGUUGCAAUUAUUCCCAUUGGCAUGGAUUUGCUGAACUUCACCGAGAAUUUCCACCACCAGUUCCGAGCAUAUUGCGGCUGGUCUUAUAUGUGGAGACCUUUCUAUGAGAUGAAUAUAACUAAAGAGUUGGACAACCCCCGUUUCAGUGUUCUGGCUUCGCACGUGGACCCACUGGCAUACAAUAAGCGAUAUACAAACAUAUCCAAGUAUGUGAUCAUUGCAUCAGGGGAUGAAGUCUCCAUGCCUGACAACUCCCAUUAUUACUUUCUCCAGCUAGAAGGCGAGAAGAAUCUCAACCUCAUGCUGGCCCACUGUAGCAAGGUAUCAUCCACCGCCAGCACAUGCCAGGCGGUCUUCUCUUCCCAGUCCAUCGGGUGGUGGGCAGGAGGGAAACGUGCUGCUCCUGUCAAAGCUCCUGAGUGGAAUGGCAUCGCCCACGAGGCUGGAUCUGAGGUGGGCUGGGCGUACCGCCCAUCCUGGUUGACCCGCCUCCACUGCAUCCUUCACCACGGCGACAAUCCUGCCCGCCAGUGA